AUGGCCCAACUAACGACUUUGCCAAAUGAGAUUCUUCACAACAUCCUCCAGUGGCUGACGCCGAAGGAUCUCGGAUCCCUACCCCGCGUCUGCCGAGCACUUCACAGCUACGUGAAGGACAACCAGAAGCUGUGUCACGAUCUCUAUCUGCAUCAUUUUGACUCGCCUCCAACUGAGGAGGGAUUUGAUUGGGAGGAUGAACUACACAGCAUCGUCAGAUUAGAGAAUAUCUGUCUGCGCGAAACAGCUGAAGAGAAAGAGGGUGAACUGAGUUUUGUAUACGAUGUUGUGACUCGGAUGCUCCAGCAUGCCUCUUCUACGGGAAAUGCUGUAGAGGCCUCUGACACUCAGUACGCCUCAAGAAACGUGGAUUUUCUAAAUAGUCUCUUUGAGAACGAGGUGAACCGCGAGGCCUUCCUUCAAAAGUCGUCCCUCUUUGAGAGGGUCUACAGAUCCCAGCACCAAAUACCGUCUAAGAACCUGAGCAAAGAGCAACGACAACAAAGUGCAAAGCUACACUGUUUAUACGGCAAACCAGUUCUCCAGGUUGGGAGACUGCGUUCGGCGAGGACUUAUCCAUAUGCCUGCUCCAGGGUCUACGACAUCCGGCAAUACACCACCCAGUCUCGAUGGGGCCCCUUUAUGAACGAUGGGAGCGACCGCGUGGACUGGGAGAAGGUCGAAGCGAUCCUUAUUGUGUUGGGGAACAAUGUUUACGCCAAGAAGCUCACUCGGCUUUUUAGCGAUAUCUGGGACAACCCCUUCUCUGGAUCUUGGAAAAGCAGCUUCAUAUCUUCUCCUAGUCCUGAUAUAACAUCGUUGGACGCUAUGGAUCCAUAUGGCGUGACUGGCACUUGGUAUCGAAUUGUUUGUUUUCUUGACUAUAACGACUUCUUUAGCUACAAUUUUACCAAUCCUGAGCGAGACGAGUCUCCCCUUCAUACGCUCGAUGUUGGUGAAGCGACUCGAUUGAUCAUCAUGAGGAUUCACGUCACUAAGAUUGAGCAAGCCGGGCCGCAAUCAGAAUACUCGUCGGAUUUGCCGAUAGUGCACUUUGAGGGUAUCUCUCGCCCGCUCGAUGAUUCAUGGGACGACAAUGCGUCGUCUGAUCUUCGAGGGACCGUCGGCUUAACGAAAGAGGGCGAGGUACGGUGGACAUCAGUAUCCAUCUUUCACGGACAUGAGAGGUGGAAGAGUGAAGGCGUCCAGGUCGGUGGGGUACGAUCUGCUCGGGGGGUGAUUGGGAACUGGUUUGAUAGGGACUACGAUCCUCACGGCCCCUGCGGGCCAUCGGCCUAUUGGAAAGCUAGCGACUCUGAAGUAGCACACGGCACGCACGCUGUUCUUCCAAGGAAUUUCUUGCUGUGGAGCGCGCUGCUCCAGAUGGAAGACUCUGAUGAUCCGGAAGGCGACAUGGAGUACACUAUGGAGAACGAGGAAGACGAUGAGGAAGACGAUUCGGAGUCGGAGCCAGUGGGCAAUGAGCUGCCAGAGCUGCUGUUAGAUGCGGAAUUUGAGAUUAUCGAGCUUACCCAUCAUAUCGAGGAGCCACCGUCGGGAGCUUAA